CGCAAAAGUACCCGACAAGCACAAUAAAAUAGUAUGAAAAACAAAACCAAAAUAUUUCCUAGUAAAAUAUUGAUGCGAAUGCGAGCACUUUGCAUGCUCUAGCUUAGUUCAGCUUAGCAGUCAAAACUAAUGAUGCUCGACUGCAAUGCUGCAAUGCUGCGCAUGCUAAGCCUGCUUGUCUCUCUCUCUCUUACACAUUUCACGUGGGGGGCAUCAACACACCGUCCUGGGGCAGUUCAAUUACAAUUGAAUACUUCCUCGCCAAUCCAUUCCCCCCAUUGCUCCGUACCUGCAUAUUGCGACUGAAAGCUGACGUAUGUAUAUCCGCAACACGUCCUCACCUCUCCCCGUGUGCAAUUGAUUCUACCCUCUAGGCCCCUGCUCUCUUGCAUAACCCACCGCUGCUUCGUGUCUGUUUCGUUUUGGAUUUCUCCUCCACGCCAACACCCAAAUCGUUUGGGUUGGCAUAACCGCUCAAAAGAAAACACGGGGUUGUUGUUCCAAGCCUUGGUAACGCUUAUUGGCCAGCACCGGAAGUCGGCUCGCAUCCCUUAAGCCAGUGGCCUCGGACUUGUCCUCUGCCCGUUGCGGAAUUCCGUGACAAGCUAAGGAGAUACUUGAUCCGUAGCUGCGCCCCAAUACUAACAGUUGGUACCCAUGUAUCUGAUUCCCGGGGAUCCACCUUGGGGCUGUGUCGUUCCCCUCGAACCUUCCAAAACGGGUACCCUUUUCGAGGCCGAGUCACGUGUCACGCCAAGUGUCUCAUUUGGGAAGCCUUCGAGAUGUUUUGUUGUGCAUCUGUUGGGCUGGUAACAUGUCUAAUCUAUGAAAGGGGUUAUGCUGUCAGGGGCUGCUUCAGGGGACCUCUCUGCCUUGCCACUUUUUUUGCCCAGUGGCAGGGUGAACAACGACUGCCGGGAAGAUAUGGGGAAACAGCCCACGCUAUAAAAAGAAACAUGAAAAUGGGGCCUUCUCGAUAUCUAACCCGCAUCGCUCAUCUCCUGCUAGACCCUUGGGAGAGAGGUUUAUUUCCUGUCUAACCCUGUUGUUUAUUUGUGUUUGUAUUGUGACAAUUAAUAUCGUCCCAGGAUAUGCCCGUAGCCAAGAUGUCUUCCGGUUAAUCUCCAAUAUUUGGGGUGCCUAAUCCAUUGAUACGUUACUGCCUAAAAAUGGAUACACAUGUUAGGCAAGAAACAUUCCAGAUGCGCUAUUUCAUGGGUCAUGAAAACAAGGCAACGAUUUAAGAUUGAUGAUCAACUUCCAGUUGGGCAUCGCCGAUGAAACCCUUGUGUUCAAAGCUGUCCUCACCGAACAGUCCCUCCGUGACGGUGUUGGCGUCGCAAAAGCGGUCGUCGUCCUACGUCAGAGCACCUCAAACAGCAAACACGGUCUCCAAGCAGAUAUAUAUUGUCAUGUGCUACCACAAAAGAUUUUUCGUAUCAUCCAUAAAUUCGGAAAUAUUUUUCUUCAUUUACAAUGACCAACAAACCCUUCUACCAGCUCUAGAUGAUGCGGCGCAAGAUCCCACCACGGCGCUUAGGUAAUGCAAGAUUUUCUGCCCAAUAGACAUCGGUGAAACGUCGUCGCCCAACGCUGGACUCACAGCAUCACCCAGCGCACAAACCGUAACUUGCAAGCCUGGACCAUCGUCAAGAAAUUUUGUAAACGCAUCGCUUUCAUCUCGGGCGAAAUCUAUUGAAUCUUAUCUCAUGACUUCUUGCAACUGCGUUGGUUGAUUAAAACAGGACCAGCCUCUGCCUGGCCGCUCUCGGCGUCUUCAUCUCUCUGGUCCAAAGUGAUUCCCCUCUCACCGUCUAGCUGGCAUAUCUGCGGAACUUAAUCUCCAAACAUGCUGAUCUCGAUCUAGUCAGCCAUGAGUAGGGAAAACAGAGGGUUGGCCGAAUCCUCGGCGCUCCCAGCGGAAUUAGACCCAAGACGACUGGUGCCUAAAAGCAGGCAUCACUCAUACUUUGAACUCGUUGAGAAUAAAGACAAGAAGAAGAAGCUGGAAUUUAAGACCACCUCUGAGAAGAUUCCACCGCCAGGGUUUGAGUUUGUUCCCAUUGGGAAUCCUGACCUGACCACGGCCUGCAAAGAAAUAUCUCGUGAAAGAGAAGCUCUGAUAUUUAUCGUGUCGACAGCCAAGAACUCGGACGCACAACAUUUGUCUCAGCAGAUUCACCGCAUCGGCCACCAUAUUCGUGAGACAAUCGUCGCGGAAGCCAGAACAUCCUUAAACUUGGCUGAAGAUCAUGGUUCAUCAUCAUCAAAUGAGUUGGAAGCCAUACCAACUUCUGAAGCCCAGUAUCACGCGCAGGUUGACGCAGCGAUCAGAGACUUAUUUCCACGGAUACCAAAUACCGAUCGCCAGCAAAUCAUUGACACAUCCUUCACACGGUCUCGUGCCACCGCAAAUGCUGCUGCUGCAGCUCUGUAUGUACCCGAUGCGCUUACAGGCGAACCCAAAGAUGGCCUUGGUCAAGUGCCAGUUGGCCUCUCCAUGGAGAUUCCCCUCGCUCGUCGCGUCCAGCUUGCUGUCUUAGCUCAUAUCCGACAUACUCAUACCCGAUAUGAUGAACUAUUAAAGGAAACAUCAUGGAAUUCUGCACGGAAAGCUGUCGAGACAUUGUGCCUUGAUACACUUGUCAAAUGGCGUGGAGAUGAAGAGACUGGGCGCGACCAGCUAGACGAAAUAUUGCAGGAGGUUGUUGUCAUAUCUGAUUCUGAUGACGAGUCUGAAGAAUCUGAAGAAUCUGAUUCUAGCGAGGCAUCAUCUUCAGAUGAAGAUGAGCCCCCCAGACGGCGCCGACGAUUAGACUCUGAUGUCACUGCGCGGCAGCCCCGACUGUCCGACGAGAAUUACCCGUCCUUUCUUCACGUGGACCAUUCGUCGCGGGCAUUUCAGCAAACCACUGCUGAUGACAUCGCACGAAGACGGAGACAAGGCUUUAGGCGGUAUCAGGCAUGGGAGGAAGCCAUACGCCGUAAUCGUAUCGAUGAGGCGCCACGCUAUUCUCCAAUGCCUUUGGAUGAUAUUUCUCGGUAUCGGACACCGCCAGUGGCAGGCCCUCCCUCACACUUUAAGCCGCAGGUUCUUGCUCCAGUAUAUGCGAUACCAAUCAAAUCGCCGUCUCCGCCCACUGUGGAGUUGAAGGAUAUGUUGGUCCGGUCAAUUGAACCCGAGUCUGGCGAAAUCCCAGGAGCUACGUUCAUCCGUACCCUUCCACCACGACAAUUAAUACCACUAGACUCACUGGCUCGAGAGCCGCCUGCUCGGUAUCAUGAAUACCAGCAUUCGGGAGGAUCGCCUUAUCAAUAUGCACCCCAUGCACCGGCUCUUCAGCAGCACCCAGUUAUGCAGGAUAGGCUUCAUGGCGGUCAUGCACCCAUCCCCAUUCCCAACCCGCAAGUGCAUAACCAUUUUCACAUGACCGAUCCUAAUCCUGGUUUCACAUCCUCGUCUUUGCCCGCUACCCGAUUCUAUGAGCCCGAGAGACGGCCAAGGCAGCAAAGCAACUCCCCUGACCUCCCACCAGCAAAAAGGAUUGUUUUGGAUGCGGCACGUCCCGGAGAACGACCAACACAAGUGAUAAUGGAGGACAGAGGAGGCUUUUACGAAAAGGUUUUUGUCGAUACCCCUCCUCCAGGAGCAGUCUUGAUCAAGGACGCCCCGUAUCCCUCACCUGUCGCUCAUGGCUAUCUACCUGAUGCGCGCGGCCCACCUCCAGCCAUCCAUACAAACCAUGGUCUAGUUGAAGUGGUUAGAACCGCGCCAUACCAAGGUCAUGUGCCUCAUCCUACUGCUUCGCCGUCACGGAUACCAGCCGCCUUCGCCCAUGCUGGUCAGCAUCACACAGAUGCCGGCAAUCCGUACAUAGCACAGCCCGUUUUCUAUCGUAUAGAAAGAAGUGGUGGUCAGCAUGCAGCUGUGCCUCAGUAUGCGGACCGGCCGCUGGAUUCGCCUACAAGAGGCCGAAGAAACAUGGACUACGAAUAAAAGUCUAUCAACAGCUGCUCUUUCGGGUGAACUCUACAUAAUGAAGAAUAUGACUUACGAUUAAUGACUGGCACUAAUAUCUCGUUUGGGACUUGAGCAAGAUCGGCUAGAAGAAGCCUUUUUAUUGCUGGAGGAUGAUACCCCGGAUAGUUAACGCAACACAUAUAAGACGUUCUUGUUUAAUGAAAUCGAUGUCUUUUUGUAUCUUGAAAAUUCAUAAAUGCAGUACCUAAACAAAAGAAUUAACUGUAUAUAUAAAUGCUCCUGUACGAGCAAUGUCCCAAGAUUCUUGUCUUGCUGUUAGUUUCGUCAAAACAGAACUUCAAAACUCCAUGUCACCGUUUGGAUGUCAGUUUCUUCCUCCUCGUCUACCUUUACCAACACCACCACCGCUCUGGCCAUGGCGCUUGUCAGCUCCCAGACCGCGUCGGCCAGCAGCAAUGCCACCGUGACCGCUGCGUCCACCACUUCCACCGCGGAAACCACCACCUCCGCGGCCUCCGUUGAAGCCGCCUCUGGGCUUUCCAGGGCUGAUCUUCUUUCGGAUGGCCUCGACAUCGUUGGCAUCCAUCUCCUCAUCGUCAUCGUCGUCGUUGGAUCGCUUGUUGGAGAACUUGAGCUUGCCACCACGUCCACGCUUGGCGACAUCACGGCCCUUGAUGGCAGCAACGUAGGCACCCACGCCAGAGGCUUCGCCUUGGUCAACAUCCAUAGCAUCGCCUUCAUCGUCGCUGUCCUUGCCAAGAAUGAGCUUGCCAUCAAGAUCGACCUUAGCCUUGGUCUUCUUGGGAGCUUGGCGCAUCUUCAUGGGCUUUGUGGAGGAGAUGUUGGCAAGAGCCUUCUUGUCAAGCAGAUCAAGAGGCUCAUCCUCGUCUUCCACAAUGUACGUCUUGCCACCCUUCUGGUUCUUUCUGGACUGUCUAGCAGGCUCGUCGUCGUCAUCGUUGUCAUCUUCCGAUUCACUGCUGUAAAUGGCGCGGUCGUAUUCGUUCUCGAACUGGUUCUUGCCGUGUUCCUCAUCGUCGUCACUGCCGUCCUCAUCGUUUCCAGCUCUGUCGGCAUCCUUCUUCUUCUUGGCACGCUCCUUGGUCUUGCGAAUGUUGACAAUCAACUUUCUAUCGGCCUCGGGGCAGUUCUGGUGCACAAUUUCAAAGCCAAAGCGGCGGACCAUGCGCUCGAAAAUGUGCUUGACCUUGGCCUUAAAGUGGCCCUUGUGCUCGUGGCUCCAGAUGAUCAAGUUCGGUACCAUAGUGGGGAGACGGGGCAUCAUAAGCUCGACAGGGAGACUGAUAACGCAAACUUUGACGAAGCCAAGACAGCUCUUGACAAUUUCACGGUUGUUUGAGGUGAGGAACAGAUCCAUUGUUUGAACAAGGUCUGACAAUGUCUGGUCGCUGAGAGAGGAGCGGAAUUCGUAGAGAAGCCUGCUGAUGGCGGUGAUGGAAGCAGAAAUCAUGUGGGGUGUGCUGCCAGCAAGACCGGCGCUGACCAUGGUGAAGAACUCCUCAAUGUUGGCCACACCAGCGGGGGCAUCGCUAGACAUGUGAGGAACCUUUGUGUUGUCAAUAGGGGCGUUGUUGGCAGAAACCAUGCGCUGGCCCAUCUGGACAAGAAGAUCAUAAGCAGUCUCACGAGCGCGCUCAUUAUUCUCCUUGCAGCAGAUGACGACUUCGCUCAAGACAGAGGGGAUGAAGUGGAGAGAGUUAUCGGGGAUAUAAGGUAACAAAGCACUGAUGGCGGCGAGACGCUCGCGUCGAGCGGGAGCGGAUACCUUCUCCGUGCUGCUGAGAAUAAGCUGUUGGAGUUCAUCAGAACGUUGGGUGAGAGCGGCCUUGCCAAGCUCAGAGGUCUCAAGGCGCGGGAUAAGCUUGUAAGCCUUCUUUUGGAGCUGGGGCUCGUCUCCACGGUUGAUAAUAAGAGACGCAAUUUCAAAGAGCGUUGCAAAGCUCUCUCGUGGGAGGUAGGCUGAGAUGGUGAUGACAAGAUCCAUCAAAGUCUGUGCUGUCGACGGCAUAUGGUCCUUGCCCUUGUUUCCCUUCUCCUUCUCUACCUGCUGUGGGUUCUCUAGCUCAGCAGCCAACAUUUUGCUAACUCUGUCAAAGGUCUCCAUGAGCUCUUGGUUAGGAGUAAUGCUAAGGAAGGCGUUGACAGUUUGCAGGAUGGGGCCUCUGCUCUGGGGAAGGGUCUGGGUGUAAACGUUGAAUAGCACAGCCAGCAUGUUACCAGCGAAUUGUCCUAGGUAAGUAAUGUUUUUCGAAGCAGUCUCCUUGGAGACUCGGCUCUGGAGAAGGAAGUCCUCUUCAUCAUCACCAAUGCUGGCAAUGGCCUGGUUGGACUCGACAAGGACUUUAAGAGCACGGCACACGUCUAGGCGCAACUCGACCUGCUUGUAUAAAAGAUUGGCGAGCAUUUCGGCGAAGGACUGGUCGAAUGCCUCAGUGAGAUCUAGGGGCAGAUCGCAGUAUCCAGGGAGCAUAGACCAAACCUGUUGCACUACUGUUUCGUAAAUCUUAAUCUCCAUAGUCUUAGGAGCCUCACCAUGAUCCAGUACACGCUGGAACAUGGCUUCACUCAGAGCGAUCAUCUCAGUCUUGAAGUGGGACAGGUUUGUGUUGCUGGUGUAAUCACGGAGAAGGGGAAGAAGCCACGCGCGGCCGUUCUGGCCCUUGACAGGCUUCACCAGGUUGAGAGGCAGUACAGAGAGAGCGGCUUUGGGGCCCAUGGCGCGGAUAGCUUGUCCAAUAACUUCGUCAGCCUCUUGCUUAUUACGGAAGGACUGGUUUUCGCGGAUCUCGCCAAUGGUUCUCGUCACAUUCAGCAAGAUAGGGUUGGCCCGCCAGCGCAGGGCAAUGAACAUGGCGCCAAUGACGUUGAAUGUUUGCAACCAGGCGGCUUGGUACUGAACUGUGAGGAGUGCCUCGGCAGUCUUGGCAAGCUUUUCCAAAACCUUUUCGUCGUAUAUCGAAGGUUCGAUGAUGACUUGCUGCGGGAUACAGUUGGCAAGGAACGAAAUCAUGCAUUCGGAGGCGGAAAUUCGGAUGUUCUCAGACUGGGAGCCGAAGUACUGAGUAACCAUAUCAAAGAGAGUAGGGAGCUUCUGGAAAGUGUCUUCAGGUUCGACCUGAGCAGACACAUCGUAUCCUCGAGAGAGAAUUGCCAGCCACGCGGGGACAAGCUGGGUAUCGUUGGGUGCAGGCUGGAGUUCGGAGAUGAUGUCCAUAAGUCGGGGGAGCUUGGCGGAAGAGACGUCGUUUGUCAUGCUGGCGAAGAUCAUUUCGAAGAUUUCAAAUGCGGCCAUGGUCAUAUAUUCGUUGCCGGUCUUGGCGAUGCCGAGCAAAAGUUCGCAGAGGGAUUCGAUCUUGGUGCUCGGCCAGCCACCACUGGCAGCAGCGACAGUCUUAACCAAGUGCAGAGCAUGAAUCAGCUCAGGAUCGUUUGUAGAGCCUGGUGUCUUCUUGCCCUUGCGCGCCUGGAGGUUCUUGGCAGCCAGCUCCUCGAGGUUCUUCAAGGCAGUCUGGGCACACAUAUCUGCUGCCGGGUGGUCCAGAGAUGGGCUAGGAGGAGGGUUCUUCAAAACCUUCUUCAGAGCAUCCUGCGACCUCUUGCGGACCUUGGGGCGCUGGUCAAGAGCAAGGUUCAAGAGACCAGCAACAGCACGCCGGGGACCAAUCUGGGACACUGACAGUUCCCACGAUGGCAUGUCCUGAGCCAGCAAAAGGGACUCGAGGCAGCCAAUCGAUGUGCGGAGAAGAAGAGGCUCGGCAUCCUGCAUCAGAAGAACGGGUGCAAGCAGUGUAAGAAUCUGUGUGAACUUGGAUCGGAGCAGAGGCUGGGGUGCGAAAGGUGUCACCACAUCGAGAAGAUAGACAGCGGGAGCCGCAAGUUCAACAUUGACGUUGCCAUCGCUGAUUGCCUGUUGCAGAAGGGCGAGGAGAGCCGCAAAGUAGCCAGUCGGCGUCGGGGCGGAGUUUUGUUCUUUCAAUGUCGAUUCUAC